AACAAUGUUCAAAUCAGUAGUCGCGCCUUUCAUUCACUGAAGUUAAAAGACAGUUCGCGCGUAUGCUAAGGAAUAUUUGUAUUUAUAAAGCAAUUUAUUAUUGACAUUUUAUUGGAGUAUUACCAGUAAAGAGUGUACACCAUGUGGUUUUUAAUUUGAUUUUUAUUUUUGUGUGUUUAUUCGAGUUUGGGUUGAUAAAUAAAUAAGUGAGUGCUUGUCACUUUUUUGUCAUCGUGGACAUCCAUCCUUCAUCUCGGCAAACUACUCCACAUGUCGCGUUGUUUUGAUGUCAGUAGCUGAAAAUAAAUUUAUUUCAGAAAAGAAUGGCAUCCCACGAUGAAGGUAAUGGGGCACAGGCUCCUCAUGUCGGUGGGGCAGCAAAGUAUAGAACAAUUGAUGAUGAACGACUCACAGCAGAUGAAAUGGACGAACUGCGAAAAAGUAACAUAGCUUACGAAUAUCUCUGUCAUUUAGAAGAAGCUAAAAUAUGGAUCCAAGCAUGUAUAAACGAAGAAUUACCUGCUACCACAGAACUAGAAGAAGGAUUAAUGAAUGGGGUAUAUCUUGCCAAACUUGGUCAUUUCUUUGCUCCUCAGGUUGUAAAAGUGAAGAGAAUUUAUGAUAAAGAACAAACGAGAUAUAAGGCGACUGGUCUUCAUUUUCGACAUACUGAUAAUAUAAACCACUGGUUCGUUGCCAUGGAAGAAGUUGGUCUUCCCAAGAUUUUUUAUCCAGAAACCACAGAUAUUUAUGAUAGAAAAAAUAUGCCCAGAGCAAUCUACUGUAUCCACGCUUUAAGUUUAUAUUUAUUUAAAUUGGGCCUGGCACCACAGAUACAGGAUCUUUAUGGAAAAAUCAAUUUCACAGAGGAAGAAAUUAGUGCAAUGAGAAGAGAAUUAGAUAAGUAUGGUAUUCAGAUGCCAGCGUUUGGUAAAAUUGGUGGAAUUUUAGCAAAUGAGAUGUCGGUAGAUGAUGCUGCCUUACAUGCCGCCAUUAUUGCCAUUAAUGAAGCAGUUGAAAACCAGAACCACAAAGAAACCUACACUGCUCUACAGAAUCCGUCUGCCAUGUUAGUUAAUUUAGACUCAGACACUUCUAGUGAAUAUCAGUCCAUCCUGUUUGAAGCCAAACAUACCAAGUCUGAAAACACCAGAAAUAAGAGUAUGGAUGCUGAUCGUGUAAUGGAGAAAGAUGUAUAUGAUGAAUUAUUAACUCAGGCUGAAAUACAGGGAAAUAUUAAUACAGUUAACACUUCCAAAGCUUUAGAUUCGUUAAAUGAUGCUUUGUUAAAAGGUGAUCGACAGUCAAUAUUAGCAGCUCUCAAGUCAUCUCAUUUAGGUUUAAAAAAUAUCGAUGAAAGUAACCUAGAUUUUUAUAUUGAUAAAUUACGGGAAUUAAGAGAUAAUAAAAAGAAUAAUAAUAAUUUGGAAGAAGUUACAUUAGAUAAAGAUGAAUUACAGGCAGCCAUAGAUCAAGCUAAUUUAGAAGCAGAUUCAGAAUAUCAAAAAUCGCAAGCAGUGAAGGCCAUAAAUAGUGCUUUAGAAAGUGGUGAUAGAAAUGCAUUAUUAAAAGCCUUACAGAAUCCUGCUGCUCAGUUACCUCCAGUCUAUGAUAAAGCAGCAGAUCUAUAUCUAGAAGAAUUUCUUAAUAUCAAAAAGGAUAAAGAGGGAGAAUUAGAACAUGAGGAAAUAUGUGGAGCUUUAAAUGUAUUGGGUGCUGUAGCUGCUAUCAAUCAGGCUGUUGAUGCUGGAGACCCUAAUAAUACCUAUAUAGCUCUUAGUUUACCGGCAGCGCAUAUAGAAGAUCUAGAUGAGCACAAUAUGGAGAAAUACCAAGCAACAUUGGCAGCUAAUAAACAUGAAAAAUCAGGAUUACCUUGUGAACUAUUAACACAUUAUGAAAUAAGUCAAACAGUUGAAGCUGUACAUAAACAGGUACAAGAAGAACAUGAACGUAUUAUAGCUAUAGGUGUUAUAAAUGAUGCUAUAGAAAAUGGUGAACCAGAUGAAGUAUUGCAAGCGUUGCUGUUACCAACAGCUAAAUUACAUGCUAUAGAUGAAAAACAGGCAUAUCAUUAUCAUAUUCUACUUGCAAAAGAAAAAGCUAACAAAGUUAAGAAUACAAAUGAUGAAAGUGCUGUAUUAUGGUUGGAAGAAAUACAAGAAUGUGUUGAAAGAGCCAAUCAAAAUGCUAUGGAUGGAGUCAACAUGUCUAAAGGAAUUGUUGAUAUAAAUAAAGCCGUUGAUGAAGAGGAUGAUGAUAGUUUGUCAUCUACGUUAGGUAAUAAAGAUGUCGGUAUACAGAAUAUUACACCUGAUUGUACACCAUUAUACCAUACUAAACUACGAGAAACAAAGAUAGAAAAAACACAAACAGAUGGUGAGAUAGAAUUAGAUAUAGACAAUUCAUUUAACUCAACAGGCCAGGGAGAAAGUGGAAGUGGUUGGAUUAUGAAUAGAUUAAAAGAUGGUUCUAAGUUUUUUUAUAAUGCUAAUACAGGAGAAUAUGCAUGGCACAGGAGAGAUGAUAUUGUUAAAGAUCAUAAUAUAUUAACUAAAGAUGAAAUACAGACGGUAGUAAAUGAAAUCACAGCAGACCACAAUAGAAAAUUAUUAUUUGAAGCAAAUGAAGACUUUAUUGUACAAUCACAAGCUAUGAUUCGAGGUUAUCUCGCUAGAAAACAUUAUAGAGAUAGAUUAACAUAUCUUAAAGACCAGGAACCAAAUAUAGUCAAAUUACAGGCUUGGUGGAAGAGUAGGAAACAACAAAAAGAAUUUAAAAAUAGAAAGAAUUAUUUAGGAGACAACACAGAUGCUGUCAUAAAGAUUCAAUCAUAUGCGAGAAUGUGGAGAGAUAGAAAGAAGUAUAGAGACAGACUGAAAUAUUUUAAAGAUAAUGAAGAUAAAGUUAUUAAAAUCCAAGCUUUCUUCAGAUCUAAUCUGGCACAACAGGAUUACAAGGCAUUGAUGCAAGAUAACGAUCCAUCAUUAUCUGUUGUUCGUAAAUUUGUACAUCUACUCGAUGCUAGUGAUAAUGAUUAUGCUGAAGAAUUAGAAUUACAGAAAUUACGUCAACAAGUCGUUGCUGAAAUCAGAUCUAACAAUCAACUUGAACAUGAUUUAGAUCAAAUGGAUAUUAAAAUCGGGCUCCUUAUUAAAAAUAGAAUCACACUUCAGGAUGUUGUCAUGCAUAACAAGAAAUUAACAAAAAGAGCUGACCAAGAGCAGGAAGGACCUAAAGGUUUGAAGGCUUUGAGUAGAGAAAGUCACGAAAAACUUCAAACCUACCAACAUCUAUUUUACCUACUUCAAACAAAUCCAAAUUACCUUGCCAAGUUGAUAUUUGAGAUGCCUCAAGUGAAGACAACGAAAUUCAUGGAGUCCGUCAUUUAUUCCCUUUUCAAUUAUGGAGCCAAUCAGAGGGAAGAAUAUCUGCUAUUAAAGUUGUUUGAAACAGCCUUGAGGGAGGAAAUAUUAUCCAAGGUGGAUAAGAUGACAGAUAUUGUAUCGGGUAACCCAUUAGUUGUUAAAAUGAUUGUAGGGUUCAACAGGAAUCAACGUGGUUCGAAUGCCUUAAGGGAGAUGUUAAAUCCCCUGAUUAAUUCCGUGAUUAAUGAUAAAAAUAUACGUAUUAAUACCAACCCUGUUGAUGUUUAUAAAGCCUGGAUUAACCAGACAGAAUCAGAAACUGGUAAAACAAGUGAUUUACCGUAUGAAGUACCAACAGAACAGGCGUUACAACAUCCAGAAGUCGUACAGCAAGUAGAAAUAUCUAUUAAAUGUUUACAAGAUGUUACAGAUAAAUUCUUAUCUACAAUAUUAUCAUCUUUAGAUAAAAUUCCAUAUGGUAUGAGAUAUAUGGCUAAAGUAAUGAAGAGUGCUUUAAUACAGAAAUUUCCUGAUGCAGCAGAAAAAGAUGUUCUCAAAAUUGUUGGUAAUUUAUUGUAUUACCGUUAUAUUAAUAGUGCUAUUGUUGCUCCGGAUGCCUUUGAUAUUAUAACUAUCGGUGCUGAGAAAGCCUUAACAAACGAUCAAAGACGUAACUUAGGUUCCAUCGCUAAAAUUUUACAGUUUGCAGCUUCCAACAAAGGGUUUGGUGGAGAAAGUGCAUAUUUAUCAAGUAUGAACGAUUAUAUACGCCAGUCUCAUGAGAAAUUCAAGCGAUAUUGUUUAGCAGCUUGUGAAGUAGAAGACCCAGAAACUAAAUUUAAUAUUGAUCAGUAUACAGAUGUAACUAUGAUCUCUAAACCUGUUAUAUAUAUAUCUGUCGGAGAAAUAGUUGAUACUCAUCAGUUGUUAUUAUCUCAUCAAGAUGUAAUAUCACCAGAUCAUAACGAUCCUUUACACGAAUUAUUAGAAGAUUUAGGAGAAGUUCCUGUUAUUGACGAAUUAUUAGGUUUAACUGGUGAUGAAUCAGAUGAAUUAAAAAAAGAUUUGGCAAAAACUGAAAUUUCUAUGACAUUGUCUAAUAAAUUUGAUGUACAGCAAGACGAGAGGGCUGAUAUGAAAUCAUUAUUGAUUAGAACAAAAAGAAUGAUAGUGGAUGUAAUAGCAUGUCAACAAGGAGAUGAUCUUAUUAAAGUUUUAGAUUUACCAUCAUCACAAUCUCAGGAAGAGAGACAUCAGGCUUUGGUUAAAAAAAGAGAUUUGAUAGACAGAAAAGCCCAGAAAUCGCAAAAAGAAAGCAAACUUGUGCGACAUGAAUCUAUAUUGGGUGACACACGGUUACCAUUAGAAACUAUGAAAGAAAAAAUACGUAAAAAUUUACAGACAUUGGAAUUAGCAGGAAUGGUUAGCAGAGAGAAGAAAUAUCAAGAAUUAGUUAAUGCCAUUGUACAGGAUAUCCGAAAUCAGAGAAGAUAUAGAAAUAACAGGAAACAGGAAUUAUUGAGAUUACGUGGUGCCAUUAAAAGUCUAAAUGAGAAACGGACAUUCUAUGAAUCUCAGAUAGAUUAUUAUAACCAAUAUGUAAAAACAUGUCUUCAAAAUCUUCAGCAGACGGGAAAGAAAUCUAAACGUCAUGGGUUAUUUAAACGGCAAGAUAAGUCCGAGAAAAAGAAGAAAGUACAGGGUUCCAUUAAUUACAGUGCUGCACGGCUACAUGAAAAGGGUGUUAUUCUAGAAAUUGAGGGUUUACCAACUAAUCAGUUUAAGAAUGUUUUGUUUGAAAUAUCUGCAACAGAAAAUCCUGGUGUAUUUGACAUUGAUGCUAAAUUUAUGGGCGUGAAUAUGGAUAAAGUUGAAGUUGUAUUUCAGGAUUUAUUGCAACUACAAUAUGAAGGUGUAGCAGUGAUGAAGAUGUUUAAUAAAGCGAAAGUAAAUGUCAACCUUCUUAUCUUUUUACUGAACAGAAAGUUCUACGGAAAAACCAUUGGCAAAUAAAUUUCAAUGGAUCAGCCAUCAGAAGAAUUAUUGACUUUAAUAACCAGUGUAUAUAGUAAUGUUGCCAUAGAUGUGAUGUCUUAGUAUCAGAGAGUAGAAGAAUUUUAAACUAGCUUGUCUCUUUAAAAGAUGAAUAUAUUAUUAUUAUUAGAUGUAUAUAGUGUUAUUUCUAAAAUGGACUGCUCCAUGUACAUUAAUCUGUCCAUUUUAUUUCAUAAAAGAGCGAAAGAUUUGCGCAAUAAUUCAUAGCUUGGUACUUGUUGGUGUAAGAAGUUUUUAUAUAUAGUUUUAUUCCAGAGAUUGCACGAUUUUUUAAAAUAUUGUUAUAAAACCAAUUGUAGGAUGUCAUAAUGUAAAAAUGAUAGAGUAAGGAACAAGUAUGCGAACAGAUCUGAUGAAAUUAGACAUCAAACAAAACACAGCUGUGUAUAAAUUUAUAUUAUGUCUGUGAUAUACAAAAUUAUCUGAUAAAAUGGCAGAUAUUUAUCUUUUAAUUUGGUAUACAAAAAACAUAAAUUUGUAAUUUACUGACAUACAAAAAACAUAAAUUUGUAAUUUACUGACAUACAGAAGUGAAACAUCAUAGCCACAAAUUUUAUGUAUUACAAGUUUUUGCUUAAAAGGAAUUGUGAAAUAAAAAUCAUGUUUUAAGACAGAACUGAAACCUUGGUUGGAUAAAAAUGCUAUUAUUAAAUUAUUCUGCUGUAUCUGAGAAAAGCUGGUCACAUGCUUUCAUUUCAACAAAACAAGCAAUGAUUGUAAUUUGUCACAUAUUUCAAACCAGACAAUGUUUUAUGUUGCAUUUAGUACUAAAGUUUACAGACAGAUAUUGUAUGAGUUAUGAAAUUAUAUAGCAUACAUCUUUGUUAUUAAAAUCCUUAUACCAUUCAGGGUAUCCUUCAGUAUUACCACUUUUCUCAUGUUCAUUGUGUUAUGGAGGAUGCUUGAUUUAUGUUUGUUCACUUACUUAUUGACCGAACAACUGCUCCAGAAUAGUGAUAUCGUAGAUGGGAACGAUGGUAGCUUAGUAAGUAAGAUUUUGACUCGCAAAACUGGAGGUCCUGAGUCAAUGCCUGCAUUGGUCGAGAAGUUCAUCUGGAUUUUCCAGCGUUGUUCUUCCUUGUCAGUGGUGCAGGACCGUGGGCCUGGCAAGGGACAAUGUAUAGUCAUUCGAUGAAAAAGGGAGGUCCCAUGUACACAUUGGUGUGCACAUAAAAGAUCCCUUGGCAGUUAGAAUUUGAUAUAAAAGUAGGCUGUAGCGCGCUUGCAAAAUUUCCAUCAUACCCCAUUCAGACAGACAGUUUUGUUGAUAGGGACCAAUAUAAUCAGAGCAUAGUUAAUUGCAUGCUAUUUUCAGAAAAAUAACCAAGAAACGAAUCCUAUUAAACUGAAGAAAUUAAUUUUGGUCAAGGCAUCCAUAGUAAGUAAAGUGGGUAUAAGACAAUACAGGGGAUAUUAGAGACUGUGACGAGAAAGUAUAUAGAUAUAUCUUAUAUCAACCACACUGGUGACGUGGCUUGUUGGUUUUUGUGUAAAAUAGAUUUCCCCUACCCCUAUUGUUAUGUACAUUUCGUUGUUGAGUCCAUUUAAGUGCUUUUUAUGAGAGUCCUUUUUUUUGUAGUUUAUAUUCCUCAAAACUAUUUCAGAGGGCUUUUACAAUAUGUAUAGAUCUGAAUAAAUUAGAUAUUUUAGAAAUAAAGAAAAAAUGAAUUUAAUUAAUUGACGCUUUAUAUUGCAAAGGAUUUGAAAGUAUGUUAAAAGUGCAUCUUUAUAAAUUUGCUAAAAUUAUCUGUUAAUAAAUUCUAAGAUUAAUGAGUACUGUUUAAUCCUUAGUGCCCUGUCUAUUCUCUCUGUCAAUUAAUGAGCUAGGUCUGGCAUUCACAGGGUACAGAGUCGUCGAAAACAUUACCUAUAAAUCUCAUAUAUCUUAGGUUUAAAAGGGUUAGCUCUACCUUAAUUGAUUUUAAGAAUUUCCUUAAAAGAUAAUAAAUUGUCAAAGACUUGAGGUAAUUUUUUGAAUUUUCUGGGAAUUCAUAGACUGAAAUUUGCUACAGGAGGUGCCAGAUUAAUCCGAUAAAUUUCUCUCAAAUUUAAUUACACAAUAUUCAAGUGAAGGUUGAUGACAGACUUUUUUUAUUGUUAUUAUUUAACUUUACGUUUUAUAUACAUUUCAUUAUAUAUUAUAUGCUUUAUCAUUUGAUGACCAAACUUUAUAUUUUAUUAUUAUGAUGAUAUAAUACUAUGAACCAAUCUCAAAGAAUAAAUGAUUUGUAUAUACAUUUUGCCCUGGGACCAAUUCUCUCUAAACAAAACCCCACAUAUCUCAUUCUGUUCCCAAUUUUUGUUAAUUUUGGUACAUUGUUUUCUGGAUAAUUAAUCCAGACCUGCAAACACAAUUCCAUUCUUUUAAUUCCAAAACUAAUUAAACUAUUCUUUAACAAUACUUCAUUGCAAUGUCAUUCCUCUCUUUAAAGGGUAUAUGUUAAAAUAUUUCUGGCAUUCCCAAUACAAUCAUGGUACUACAAAUUACUGAAACUUUUGACCAUAUAUUUUAUAUUGAUACCGGUUUUAGAAAUGUUAGUGGAGUUUGACCAUCUUUAGAUCUCAUGUACAUGUAAGAAAAUAUUUAUUAUCCCGCGCCGAACGAAGUUAGGGAGGGAUAUUAAAAUGGGGUCCGUCCGCCCAUCUUGAUUUCGUUUCGGGAGCAUAUCUCAUAAACUGUUCAAGAUAUCUUUCUGAAACUUUGUACACACAUCAACCUUUUGCUAUUUAGGAAUUCCUGGGAUUUAUAUUUUUUGUGUUUCCAUGGAAACAAAUUUGACUUAGUUUUUGGUGUAUAAUUUUGUUUCCGAAGCAUAUCUUUUUGAAACUUUGAACACACAUCAUCCUAUUACAGUAGUUGUGCCUUUUGCUAAUUAGAAAUUUGUCAGAUUUAAUAAUUUUUGCAUUUCCAUGGAAAAAAAUUCUUUGUUGAAUGAUUUUUACUACACAUUUGAAUUAGUUUUUGGUAUAUAAUUAUUAUUCUAGAGCAUAUCUUUGAAACUGUUCAAGAUACCUUUAUAACACUUUUACAUUCAUAAGCUAUUAUUUUAUUUUUUGAUGACCUUCUUUCUGUCCCGAUUUCAUUUCUAGAGCAUAUUUCAUUAUCUGUUCAAAAAAAUCAUUUUAAAACUUUAUACAAACAUCAAACUAUUAAAGUAUUUUAUUUUCGGAUGUAUAAGUUUAUUGUUUAACAUACAGCAGCUGAUUGAGGUAGGCAAAGGUUGUUGUGCAAUCCUUACAGAGAGUAGCGACUUGCCGAGCUACUAUGAUCAGAGUAUGAAUCUUCUGACUAGUCCCAUUGAUAUUCCAAGAAGUUGUAUUUUCUUAUGCCUUCCAAACAAGUUCAAGGGCACGGGAUGGUAAUGACUAGUCAUCUUGUUCAUAUUAUAUUAAUGUCUUUUAAUUCCAACAACAUCUUAAUUACAAAAGGAAAGGUUAAUUAAGUAUAGAUAGUGUAAUACAUGUUUUCUGUUCAUCAUAAGAAUAGAUCUUGUCAAGAUGGGUUCUUUCUUUAUAAUGGGUCCAGUUUUAUAAUUAUAUUUGUCAGGAUGCAUUGACGAGAGCUUAUCUUUGAAAAUAUACUGAUUACUGGAAAAUUGCUAAAUUGUUGUGUUAAAAUGUUAAUUUUGGUACAAGUCAAUCAGCAUUGAACGUAGUUUAAAAAUCAAUAAUGCUUUUAGAAACCUCCCGUAAUCAAAUCUUUUAAUCUAAUAUUGGUCGGAAACAGUUCUGUGAAAUUGCGUGUAUUAGAAACAGAAUUGUGACUCAUUAAUUCAUAUUGCAUGUUAAAAAGUAAUUAAGUACAAUGUUUUUCCUGGGCAUUUAUCCGUGAAUACUUUACAAGGUAUCGGUAUUUACCAGACACUUUUGAUUUUUUUAUAUAAUUACAUCAAAAUAGCAAUCUCUCUUAAAUUAUUAAUUUUCUAUACACUUUAUCCAAUUAUGUCCUAUUCUAUGUAAUAAAGUAUGUUUUUAUCUUGCCUUUUCUAUCUGAAUUGAUCUGACAGCUUUUAUUAUGUAUCUAUGAUUGUUAUUAAUAUCUUAAUCUUUCUGCAAGAAACAUCUAACUUGUUAGUCCUAACAUAUUUAUGACUAUGUAUCUUCGGUAAUAAAUAUAUCUGGCAAACAUGUACCUAAUGAAUUGUUUUACUUGUGUAGAUCCAUAAGAACAAAAUCAUUGAGUGAGUUAGGGUUUAGAAUGUUAGUAGCUAAAAGAUAUAGAUGUGUUUUAAUCAUGUUUAUAUAUAUAUAUAUAUUUCUAUAUCUAUAUUAUAUAUAAUGUACAGUUUAUUAGACAUAUUUUACUACAAGGGCUUUGUGUAUUUCUUUUUGUAUCCAUUUUGUCAUCUGAUUCUUGAAUGCAAUAUAAAUUCUUCAUUAUUAA